AUGACCUCUCCAGGAAAAGCAUGUUUUGUCUGUGAGAUAGAGGAUCAGCCUCAACAUUUGGAUCUUGCUAUGGAUAUGGUAUGCUCAUCGUGUGUUCCAUCCGUACCGUUGGAUCCGAGCAGGGCCCAUCACUUCCUUGCUCACAUGGGUGCACACAUACUGAAGAGUUCCGUUUCUCCAGCUACGGAACCUUGUGGGCUUUGUUUAGCGCCAUCUUCAUUAUGCCAAUUUUACCUGACAAAAGGAAAGGGCGCCCAGGGUCAGACAAAGAUUGACUACUCGUCAUCCCGUGGAUGCCCCAAUAUAGGAGUAACGUUCAAGUAUGGCAUAGCAGUGGCAUCCACGAAAACUGCACCGUGCUCGAACGUCCCACUUCGUUGUCCAUUAUGUCCCCCCAAUCAUCCAGCUAUCUGGAAAUACAUGGCGCGAUAUCACUUCUUGAACCAGCACCCAGCUGCAGACUUGAAUCAAUGGAAGCAUCUUUGGGAGAUAUCCAGCGCUGAGAAAGCUGCUAUGGACAAGGUAUGGGAUGAGCGUAAGAAAGUACCAAUGCCACGGGGGAAGAAUAAGCGCAAGAAGGAUGUGCUCGGUCCCCUCAUCAUUUCAGAGGCACAUAGCAGUCGACUUGCACGAAGGACAACCGAUCUGGUAGGUGAUGAGAAUGAGAUACGGACAAACGAAACAGACAGUGACGGUGAAGACAGUGAAGACACCGAAGCUGAUGACAUCCGCAGCAUGCAAGACGAUGAUGCUGACAAUAACAAUGAAGAGACGAAUCUCGACAUGGAUGCACUAAACAUUGAAGGAAUACCCAAGAACAGUGGAGAGGUCUCCGAUAUGGAGGAUGCGUCUGGCAUCAACAAAGAUCAGACCGGGAUCAGUAUGAAAGAGCCUAGUAUCGAAGUAGCAUCGGAGGACGAGAUAGAAGGUAUUUCCCCCCUCCAGGAGCGACAGGUCAGGGAUGGAGCAGGACUUCCUGCCAGCGGAUUAGAUGGUGAAGAUAUGCAAUUGAUGGAACUCACUGUAGCUCCGAAUUCUGGUACCGACGUCUCAGGUAUGGUAGCAGUUCACCUGUCAUGUCUUUCUCCCGAAUUUACCCCUCCAGCGACAGCAAAAGACAGCAAUGCUAACACGAUAAGUGAUGGCCUAAUCCUCCGUCAAUCAGGAAGAGCGAAACGAAGAAUUAUCAACGUCGAAGACUUGAGGCAGUGCUACUGUGGAACCGCAGUCGAAGAACAUCUGAGGUCAGAUGCGGUGUCCUGCUCGAGUAGAGGCUGUGAAACAAUCUGGUUCCAUCUUGAAUGUCUUCGUGUUGACUACGUCCCUGUAGGAUGGCGCUGCAAUGCGUGUAGCAAAAAAAGGGGGAAACACUGA